GCCAGUGGAGCCCAUCUCCGGCAGGGCUGGGCAGGAAGUGGGGCGGAGUCUGGGGCCCGCCGAGGUGGGAUCUGGUACCCCAGGACUGCUACAACCCAGACGAACCAACCCACCGGGAGAAGAUGCCUGGGGGUCCGGGAGUCCCGCAAGCCCCGCCUGGCGCGAUCUUCCUCCUCCUGAUCUCUGUUGCUGGCCUGGGCCCAGGGGUCCAGACCCUCUGGGUGCACUGGGGCCCGCCUUCGGUGACGGUGAUCGUGGGAGAGGAGGCCCGCCUCCCGUGCCUGCACAAUUACAGCCGCCCCGGCAGCAGCCCCAACAUCACGUGGUGGCGGAUCAUCCAGGGCAACUUUACGUGGCCCCCUCAGUUCCAGGGCGUGGGCCAGGGCCACGUGGGUGAGCUGGUCAUCUCAUCGGUGAACAAGAGCCACAGAGGCCUGUACAAGUGCCACGUUAAGGAAGACAGCACGGUACUGAGCUCCUGCGGCACCUACCUCCGUGUGCGCGAGCCAACCCCCAGGCCCUUCCUGGACAUGGGCGAGGGCACCAAGAACAACAUCAUCACAGCCGAGGGGAUCAUCCUGCUGUUCUGCGCUGUGGUGCCCGGGACACUGCUGCUGUUCAGGAAACGAUGGCAGAACGUGAAGUUCGGGGUGGACACCCGGGAUGACUAUGAGGAUGAAAAUCUUUAUGAGGGCCUGAAUCUUGAUGACUGCUCCAUGUACGAGGACAUCUCCCGGGGCCUCCAGGGCACCUACCAGGACGUGGGCAGCCUCCACAUUGGAGACGUCCAGCUGGAGAAGCCGUGACCAGCCCCUGCCUGCCAUGCUCCCAGCUCUGGCUUCUCCCUGGAACCAGCUCUUUUCACAAUCAUUCCUGGGAGUGUCCUGCAUCAACUUCCCCCUUGGGAGUGUCCCUUCUUCCUCUGUCUGUCUAGACUGUGCUCAUCACCUCCACACACCCUAACUAGUCCUCUCCGAGCUGCCUUUCCCAAGCCCCCACCCACUCGCCAGCCCCGCUGGUAAUGAGCCCUUAAUCACUGCCUCUAGGGGACUGAUUGUA